CGGGGGCCGGCUGCCAUGGAGGGGGUGCUGUACAAGUGGACCAACUACCUGAGUGUUUUGUUUUUCAGGCUGGCAGCCUCGAUGGUUUCUUCUCUGUGGUGGCAUACUGUCCUAUUAUGACUCUCAGGAAGAUGCCUGGAAGGGUUGUAAGGGAAGCAUCCAAAUGGCGGUGUGUGAAAUUCAAGUUCAUCCUGCAGAUAACACACGAAUGGACCUGAUCAUCCCAGGGGAACAGUACUUCUAUCUGAAGGCAAGAAAUGCAGUUGAAAGGCAGAAGUGGCUUGUUGCACUAGGAACUGCCAAAGCCUGUCUGACUGACAGCAGGACACAGAAGGAAAAAGAGUUCACUGAAAACACAGAAGCCUUGAAGACCAAAAUGUCUGAACUUAGACUGUACUGUAACCUCCUUGUUCAGCAAGUGCAUAAAACAAAGGAAGCCAGCAUUUCUGGUGUAUCAGAACCAGAGAGUGAGAUUGAUAUGGGAGCUCUGUUAAAAUCAACCUGUGACACCUUCCUGAAGACUCUUGAAGAAUGUAUGCAGAUUGCAAAUACUGCCUUCACUUCUGAGUUAUUGCAUCAGACCCCACCUGGAUCCCCACAUUUGGCAGUUCUCAGAACGAACAAGAUAAAGCACUCUGUCUUGUCCAGUCACAGUUCAACGGAAAGGCAGAUGGAAUUGAACCCCUGUGAAAAUGGCUCUGUAAAAGCAGAAUUUAACCAUCAAGAGCAAACACUUAUUAAAAGUCUGGAAUGUUUAAACCUAGAAACAAAUGAGGGGAGCAGUGAUGUUUCUGUUGAAGAUCACAUAGCAGAGGAUUUGACAGGCAUUAAAGACGACGAAGAGAACAAGCUGCAAGCUGUAGAAAGCUGUGGUGCCCACAAGUUCCUGCAGUCGGAAUUGAAUUCUUCAAGUGGAUUGACUCUAUGUGAGGAAGACAGAAGUGAAAAUGAUUCUCCUACCUUCUUCAGUGUCAUGAGCAAUAGGUUCAGUGAUAUUGAACUUCGAGAGGAGGAGGGCAUACCAACAGAAGAGUUUCUGGAGUCGUGUUAUGCAAUUGUGCCGGUUCUGGACAAGCUGGGACCAACUGUUUUUGCUCCUGUUAAAAUGGAUUUUGUAGGCAACAUCAAGAAAAUAAACCAGAAAUUUAUAACCAACAAAGAAGAGUUUGAUACCCUUCAGAAGAUAGUGCUCCAUGAAGUGAACGCAGGUGUAGCACAAGUUAGAAACUCUGCUACAGAGGCUCUCCUGUGGCUGAAAAGAGGCUUAAAGUUCUUGAAAGGGUUUUUGACAGAAGUGAAGAAUGGAGAAAAGAACAUCCAAACAGCUCUGAACAAUGCUUAUGGAAAGACAUUACGGCAGCACCAUGGUUGGGUUGUUCGCGGGGUCUUUGCAUUAGCUUUAAGGGCAGCUCCAACAUAUGAAGACUUUGUGGCAGCUCUGUCUGUAGAGGAGUGUGAUCUUCAGGAAGAAACAUUUUACAAAGGAAUGCAGAGGGACCUCAACAUUUACUUACCAGCCAUGGAAAAGCAGCUAACUAUCUUGGACACUCUUUAUGAAGUACAUGGUUUGGAGUCUGAUGAGGUGGUAUGACUACAGCAAGAUCACAUCUUAAAACUUCAGGGACUGUGUCUAUUAACAAAGAUUUCUUUUGGUUUGUGUUUUUUUUGAUAUUGUUUCUGUUCGUUGUAUCUUUACAGGUGGGAAGGGUGUUAUGAGUGUUUUUGGGGAAGGGUAUGUAUGACUUUUAUUUUUUGUUACACUUGUUUUGUGUUUAAAUGCAGAGGUACUGUUUCUCUUUGGGUCAUAACUAUGUCCGUGAUGAAUGUUUUUGACUGUUUCUCUCCUGCCUGUGCAUGUCCUCUUCUCUUCACCUCAUAAAGGUAACAGAGCAGAAUUUGGCCUUUGCUCCCAUACUCUAGGAGGAAGCCACGUGUGCAGCGGAGCCAUUGGGACAUCAGCACGGUGCCCAAGCAGGCAUUGCUGGCUCUGGCUCUCCCAUGCCCUAGGCCCACUCCCCAUGACAGUGUAGGAGGACAGAGGCGGUGAACAUUAGUGUUACCCUGGUAGCAGAAGAGAAAGGAAGCUAAAUGACAGCUUAUAAGGUACACAGUGAGUUUGUCCCUUAAUUUGGGUUGAAACUUUUUAAUGCAGCACCUCCCCAGAUAUUUCACAGAUCUUCACCACAGGCAUAUGUGGCUGGUGGCCUGAACUUCCCCAGGAACCAGCCUUUGAAACUGAGUGUUGUGUUCCCUAACCAGCUCCUAGUAUGUGCCAUGUUCUCCUAUCAGCUCCUGCCAGUGGAGUGCAAGAAAUUUGCUGGCACAGACUGGCAAAGCCCAGCUAAUUUCAACAGUGCUUUACACAAGCAAUUGAAGAUCACAUCCAUCAUCCUGGCUUAUGAAGGUUUUGGUGGGUUUUUCUAUUUUGGGUUUAGGGUUUUCUUGAAUCACAUUGACACAAAAACAUAUUUGCUUUUAAAUUGAAUACAGCUAGCAGUUUAAAAAGCAGAUUUCAUUAAAAUCUUUCCUAGACUGCCAUUACGGGCAAAGACUUCAUAGAAAUAGACAUGAAAAUACUAAAGCAUAGAGCAAGCUAGAAUUUGUCAUGGAUCCAUUACACAUUGGGCCAAUUACAAACCUUAAAAUCGAAAAUGAUGUAGAGGUGACUGGAAAUUAAGAAAGUAAGAUUUGCCCUUUUUACCAUUUUACUGAUACAGAUGAAAAUGUGCUCCUUGACACUGCUGCUAUUAAAAAUAAUAAAGAAGUCCUUUUAGCUAGUGGUAUGGUUAAGGAUGAAAUUCCUUCUUGUGUUGAUCUGUGAUUCACAGGCUCUGAAUUACUGACUGCCCAUUCAAGGCAUAAACAGGUCUCCCGGUGGUGACCUAGGGCUUCAGAUGGCUUUGUGCAUAGAUUGAGUUUAACUCACAUGCAGGAGGAGGGAAGAUUGUGCUAAUGAUGUGCUUAGAAUUAGUAAAUCUUCAUAAAUACAAAAGUCAGUGUUGCCAUACUCACAGGAGAAGUACUGGCUUUUGCUAGGCUAAAAAACAUGUUAAUAAAAUGAAUGUACUGCAGGCCUGCUGUCCUGCAUUGCUCUGUGAUGGGAGCCUCUCUGCACACCGAAUACUUGGUCCUUUCUAAAGAUCCUAGCAUUGUGAGCUUUAAGAAAAGCAUAUGAUGCUUGAAGAAAAGACCAAACAUCACACUUGGUGUAUAAAGCAAGAUACUGGAACUUUAGGCAUUUAAGCAGUGUGACUUUCUUGUUUCUGUCAACUUCUCGGAGUUGUGCCUAUCUAUAGUUCCAACACACACCAAGAGGGAUCAGAAGGAUGUGGGGGUUUUGUUAGUUUUUUGGAUAUUCUUAAUUUAAGUAGUAUGUAUUUAUGUUAGAGUACAAAGUCAAAACUUGUGACCAAAACUCUAUUCAAUUAUUUCACUACUCACAGUACUAGAAAUGAAGUAGAGAACCUCUGGGAUUUGGCUUUCUGCUUCUUCUAAGCAUGAUUGCAGAGAAUCAGCCCCUGUAGUAGAACAACCAACUCUCCACCCUGCAUGGUUUCCUCAAGGUUUUCACCUGUUAUGUGGGAAACUUUGCUGUAAUGGCUUUUAGCUGAAUGUUCCGGGAAGGUAAUGGAGACCCCAUUUCCAUGAAAUAUCAGCUAGGGUAUGAGGACCGUAGGAAAAGAUCCCUCUUCUCUAGAAAUUAUCUGUCAGAUUGUGUUGAAAAUUGACUUCUCUUUUUGCUCUAAGCUUUUCCAGUAGCAGGAAAGCAUAUUCAGCACUUAAAGUCUUGGAGGUACUUUGGGGUUUUCGUUUUUUUUGGUUUUGGUUUGUUUUUUAACUAGCAGGAGUACCACUAGUUUGUUAGUAGUGCAUCAGACCCAAUGUUUGAUGCAAAAAGUCAGGAGACUUUAUUUUGUAGGCAGAGAACAUAACACUUCAUUGGAUUGUUAGCUUCAGCAAUUACUAACUUCUACCAUUCUUCUUUCUUCUAACAAAUAGUGGUCCACAUUGCUUAUUCUCUAAUCAGAAUGGCAUCCUGACUCAGAGCAGGCUUUCCAGUCUUGCUCUUCUGUGGGAAGUUGGGUUUUCUGAACUCUGGAAUUGGUGCUUGAGAGGUUUCUUAGGAGACCAUGGCUUCAGGAGACACCUGUGUGCUUGUUGUUAAACAGGGAACUUCUAGAGAAGGAAUUGAGCAAGGCCUCCAUGCCUUCAAAAUUUGUACUUUACCAUGCACUGCUCUUUCAGGACGUUGAGCACUUCCAAGACUUAGGAAUACUAUCUUUCCAGUCAAACCACCACUGAGGAAACACAUGUGGUAUGUUGCAGAGCUGAACUCCCAAGUUAUACCUCUAAGGAUGCAAUAGACCAGGUGAUUAAGUGGAAGCACUGCUAGACAAUUCACUUCUUUCUUUUCCUGUGAUGUCAAUUUGGCAAGCAGAGAGGAUUGCUUUUGGUUUUAAUAAUUGUAGAGAACAAGCAACUAACUUUUGGACUUCAAAUUUAGAAUUGGAGAGGAGGUUUUCUGUUUGGUUUGUUGAUUGGCUAGGGUUGUUUUGUUUGGUUGGGUUUUUUUAAUGGCUGACUUUUAUAACCAGCUGAGCUACAUACUGAUAGAGGUCCACUUGACUCAGAUAACAGCACCCUUGCUCUGUAUACUUUAUGUGAACUGCUUUGGUUUCUUGAACUGUGUUAGUCUGAAGUUUUUGCGUCUUUUUCCUUUAGAAAUGCUUUUGGCUGUUUCCUUCAAUGUCUAACAGUUGCAUAUUCUCAGGGAUUUUACUUAACCAUGGCAAAAUAAGAGUAAUCACAGCCUUACCCUAGGGGAGUAAGGCUGCUUUUUGUGAAAUUAGUAUAACUGAGCGUAGAACUCUGAUACAGCAUAUGACACAGACAGUGUCUAUCCCCAGUGCGCAUCCUUGCUGAGACAUGGUAAAUCCCAAAGCAAUCUGGUAGAAGUGCUAUCUAGUACUGAAUAAUGGCAGUCAACAUAUUUGAGUAGAGGGCAUACACACAUCUUUGUAAUAUAGUGCCGUUGGCAUUAGCUCAGAGCUCUCAAAUAAUUUCAGUUGAGUUCUGCUUAGCAAUGGGAGGCUUUUAUUUAUUUUAUUUAUUUUGUUGUUGGUUUUUUUUAGAUGAACUAUGUUCCAGAGCCCCCUCUGCUAUUUUAAGACACCGUACUCAGUUGUAUAUGGAAAUUCUGUGACAUUACAAUUGUAGAAUAUGAACUGGAUACUCAAGUGGUUUAGUGUAAACUUAAGGAGUCAUUGAAACAUCCCACCUUGACAGUGGAUCUCCUAUUGGGUCUCCUAUUAACAGAUGCACUUAAAGUUAAGGGCCAUAUACCUUCACUUACAAGCUUUUUGUAAAGCAUCAUCAGGAUUUAGGUUACAGAUGUUUGCUUUAAAAAUGUUUCAUAGUUUGAAAAGUGUCACUUGGUUGACUGGACGUAUAAAAAGUAUGCCCAAAGUGUCCUCCAGCUGUUCACAGCGUGCUUUGGCAAAGGGGUGUCGAACAUUAUAGAGAGUAAUGUUAUGUGUUCUGUAUGCUGGACCUUCCAACCCUUUCUUUUCAUUAUCACUUCAACUUUUGUGAAAAAAUUUAGGGAACCUUAAACUGCCUUUUAGACACUAGAAAAGAUCAUUAGAGCAUUCCUACCUGUCUGUCUUUCCUUCUUCCCCCACCUGGUCCCCACCCCUUCCUUUCCUUCCAUUGUCAUUUGCUUUGCUACCAGGGCUGUUGCUGUCAAGUCAAAGCAUCUGUCCAUAAGAGCACAAGGCAGGAAAUUUGGUAAGUGAUGCAAAUGUAAACUUGGAAAAUCAGACCUAAAUUCUUUGGCAGGCAAUCAAACAUACAGUUAGACAGAGAAUGUGCUGCUUUUCUCUGAAAUUUCUCCCUGGUUUGACAUAUUUUGCCAGGAAAACCACACCACUUUGAACUUUUAAUUGAGACACCCCAGACUUGGCAGCUCUACUUCUUAUGAGUGAAAGCACAGGGAUUGGAUUUUUUUUUUAAAUUAUUUCUUUUCUCUUGCCUGCAUAAUACAGAUAACAAAACAAAAAGAGAAGGGGAGUGGGAAUAACUGAAUUCAUGCCGCUUUGGUACUUUCUGUAGCGCUUUGGUGAACUAACCCUGCAGACUACUGCAUGCUCCAAGCAAUCUAAAAUCACCCUUGUGCAGAAGGGGUAUCCUAAAGCACUUACUGGCUCUGAGCAAGCCCAGGCAGUAGCCGAUCCUGCUCACAGUUCACACAAGGAUUUUAAGCACUUGCUUUGAAGUUAGAACAUAGGCAUAUGCUUCUCUUAAACACACGUGCACCCUCCCACUGGCAUGCAGUUCUUCUAAACGUGGUCUUUGACUAUCAUUUCUAAUAUCCCUUUCUUGGUAUAGGAUUUCUCCCCGCAGAUACUCCAUAUGUGCUAGAUGUGGAUAUUUUUUUUUAUAUAUAUAUGAAAUUUCCUUGUUUUCAUAUCCUAAUUUCAGUUUGAUAACUUUAUUUUGCAUUGCAUCAUUCAGGGGGUCCAAAACUGAUUGAUUAAUUUAUUUAAAGCCAUCUUGAAAGUUUGAGAUUUAUGUCUACUUGAAACUAAACAAGUAAAUUGCAUUCCAGAAUACAGUGGCUAAACUGAAAACCAAAGCAGCUUGCUUUUGUGGUUUCCUUUUGUAUUUUCUUUUUCCAAGCCAAUUUUGGGCAUACAUUUUAUCAAUGUCAGGCUGAGCGUACUGCAAGCCUUACUUAUACAUACUAAAAUACAUUACAUACAUACUGAAUACAUUUAAAGAUGAAGAGAAGGUAUAUUGCCUCACACUUUUAAAUUUACUUAAUUCUAAGGGCUUGUUCAUGCCCCCAAAAUAACCUCUUCCAUUGUAAGUGUUGCACGAAUUGUGCUGUCAUAAGCAGUUCAGUCUGAAAUACUUUUGAAGUUUCCAGUCUGUGUUGUCUCUCAAAUCAUACAGCAUCUGUCUCUUCUUUUGGAGCAUUGUUAAGACCUUUGUCAGACUUUUAUAUUAUUUCAUUAUAAUAAACUUAUUUUAAAUAAGCAUGUUUUAAAAUCUCGCUUUCUCCUUGCAUGGAUUUUGUUUCUUUUAUUACAAUAGGGGGGCUAAAGUGCUCUUCAGGACUGUAUCUGUUCUAGGUACUGUGUGAACAGUCAAAAGCAGUAUGUUUCUGGUUGACAGAAACUACGUGUAUGUAUCUUUGUACAAAGAAUGUUAAUACACAUGGAGCCUGUUUUGAUUACAAGAAUAAAAGCUGUGUCUGGCA